GGAGCACAAACAGCACAUGCUCAGCUGAAAUGAUGCACAGAGGAGGCAGAUGGAUGGAUCACAGAAUGUGUGCAGGGAGCUCCUACGCCUUAUGGAUGGAUCAGUAUCUAAUGGGCAGCAGGUAGCCCCCCCACCCUGCCUCCCCAUGAGAAAAAAAAGAGGCUACAACCACAGUGGAGGAAGAGUGGGCGGAUAUAGGACCGCAGCCAUGUCCUUUUGAUGGGAACAGGAUUCGCAGGUUAGCAAUUACACUAAAAUAAAAUAGACCUUCUACUUCAAACCGCAAGCCUUUUGGGUUGGUUGGCGCUGCGAGGGGGAGCGUGUGAUUCAUGCAGGAAUCGAGGCGCAAAGACACCAUGUGAGGUUAAAAAAAGAAGACAAAAGAGCUGGAAAACAACAAAACAACAUGAGGACAGGAAUCACAUUGAGCUAUGAGCAGUCCCUCUGAAACAAAGGGAACGCCUGUGGAGAAAAAAAUGGUAAAAGUGACAUUUUUGAGGAAGUGAAACAAGUAAACACAGAUAGGUAAACCUAAAGCCACGGUUAUUUCAAUACUUCAAUACUGUGUACCAUCUUUGUUUGAUCAUUGUUGCCAGCUACGCAUUGUACAAAGCUGGAUUUCUCUUAAUCCGAUGAGGUUAAUCAUAGUUAAAAAUAAAAACACUGACAAGAAACUGCCAUUCAUUCCCUCCCUGAGCUUUCCUUGAAGAGAAAACUUCUCAUUUCUAAGAGUUGCGCACCUGAUGAAACACCUGUAACUUCAGUAGUUGUGUCCUCAAAACACAAACUAUAACAAAACCCUGAAACUGUAAACUAGUUAAGCCUCGAGCUAAUGCCAUCACCCUCAGAGGAAAUAUGAAUCUUAUUAGCAUUUCCAUCAGACUGCCGGCUGUUUGGGUCUCACAGCUUUGAGCAACACAUGCAAAAGUCUGUGUUUACACUCAAGCAGCCUUCUCUAAACAGUGAACAAACAACAGCACGUUAGAUUCAACUCCUUCACUCUGAGAACAACUCUAAAGGCAAAAGUAGCUCAUGAAAACAUAUGGUACCAGAUGAAGUAAAUAAAAAAAUGGACUUACUCCAGAGUCAGAGAGGGGAUCUUCAGUUUAUCUCGCCGAGACUUCAUAGUUGCUGAGCUCCGAGCUGGGGCUUCAUGUACUCGGUCUCAGAUCCGACUCGCAGCCACUCAUUGCAGCGGUUGGGGGACUAAAAAUAACCCGGUUCAGAGAGUAUCGUUUACCGGUGGCUUCAGCAAAUUCCGCGGAGGUGUUUCUGUUUUUUUUCCGCUCGGAUAGGUGUGUUCAAGAUUGGUUGUCUCUAAAAGAACACGAUGCGCCGUGACGGUUGUUGCGCGUUUCACUUCCCCGUCCGUCUCCGAGGCGCACCGGAGAGCGAGUGAGUGCCACAGAACGAAGGGAGCGACGGGUCACCGAUAACCUCCAUGUGACUAGUGGGGAAGGAGGGAGGGAGGAAGAGAGGGAGAGGGAGGAAAGGGGAGCGCCUAUUGAAGGGGGGGCUAAAUCAAUUUGGGUGGUAGGUGACAGUCAACAGAGGAGUAUGACCAAGGAUGGAGGGACAAUUUGGACUAAAUAAAUCAUGACAGUCUCUCUAAAAUGAAGGAAACACAUGUUGAAUUAAAAAAAGGUGUUUAUUCUUAUAUGUCCUGUUUUCAGAGAUGUGCAAAACCACAACAAGACUCUAAAAGAAAGUUUGCACCAUGAGGCUAUUGUUUGAGGACAGUCUGCGCCACAUUGACUGCUCGUCUGUGCGUGAAAUAAAACCAAGCCGCUGGUCGUGAUGAGCAUGGGGAAUACCUCUAAACCGUGACAGCUGCCGCACAGGAGCCGUUUCUCACUCUCUCUGCAGCGCGUUGUGUGUGUGUGUGUGUGUGUGUGUUCUGCUUGCCUUCAUUUUGUGUCUGCGAUGGGAAGCCUCUAAUUGCACAGAGAAAGUCGAUUUCCCCAAGAGGAGGUGUGUUUGUGCGUUAGUGUAUAGCUCGCGUGUGCAGCCACCGUGCACGCGUGGAGCUAAAUCACAUUACGGUGCAUCUGUUUUUUUUUUUUGGUCGAGGCUCCUUGGGUCUGUCAGUGCGCGCACGUGCGGAUAUGAGGUUUACACGUUUUCUCUGUGCGCUUCAAAGUAGUUUUCCCCCCAGUCUGUGUGUGUGUGUGUGCGUGAGAGUGUGUCUAUAUGCGACUGCGUGAGUGUGUGUAUAUGUAUAUAAAAUGGGUGUGUGUUGGAGAGUCAAUUCUUUUGUACUGAUUGGGCAAGUGGGUGUGUCCGAGUUUGUGAUGUCCAGUAAUUGCAUAUCCACUCUCGAAAGUCAAUUUGUGAGCAUCUAAUUAACGGAUAGUGUGUGUGAGAGUGUGUGUUAUUCUGACUUGUUGCACCUAAUCUCAGUUUCUAUGGAAUUCCUGCAUCUCCAACGGCAACAGGCGACAGCAAUGACACCACCAGUGUCUUCUUGGUUGCUAGGGAGCAGUGAUAGUUUCCUGGUUGCUAGGGCAUGGACUUGAUAGGAACACAGCAGUGGUGGUCAAUAGAGAUUUAGGGUGGUAUUCUUAAGGCAGGACUCAAAAGUGAUCAAUCAGUACACACAAAAAUAACUGGAAUUACUUACUUUUAUGGGCCACUUGGGGGCAGCAUGUUGCUUUACAGACAUCCAGCAGUAAUGGGGUAACAUUAAAGUUGUAUGGAAGUAAAUCUGUGCCAUCUGAUUUUGAAUUUGAAUUUCUACAGCAGAUUUUUUUUUGCAUCAAAAUCAGACUUUGAAUUUCAAAACCACUGAAUUUCAAGCACGCAUUUUUAUUUCUGACACUUAUUUUUUUCAAAACGAUUAAAUAAAUUCAUUUAAAAAAAGUCUCAAAAAUAUUCAUUUAGUAAAAAUUGGACUAAAAAAAAGUGUAAAAAAUUUUGACAAAAAAAACAAAAAAACAGUGUCAAAUAAUUCAGUGUAAAAAAAUCAGUGUGAAAGAGACAGACUCAACAUCUCAGUAACCAGGGAAAACCAAUCGAUUCCUGGCUCAAUCAUCCCAUCAAUUAAUGCAAGAUUGGUCAAGUGGCACCGACCCUAGUGGAAGAUUGAAUCCAAUCGAUUGCUUCUCUCUGGUCACCCAGAUGCUAAGUCGGUCUCUUUUACACUGGUUUUGUUUUUUUUUUGACACUGAAUUAUUUGGCACUGCCACAACUGUGUCUGGACUCAAAUAUCACUGAGAACAUUUUCUCCAACGGUGUAGAGCAGACAGGUUUAGGUUUUUAGAUGGUUUGCAUACUGUGGGUUAAAGUGGGACUGACUACCCAGGGCCCCAAGGAAAUUGGUUCUGAAAUAAACACUAAGUUUUUGUUCAAACAUUUUUAUUUUCAAUGAUAGUAGGCCCUAUUCAAAAGUAUCUGUGUAAAUGGUAUCAAAAUAAUAAUAAUAAAUUUUAUUUAUAACGCGCUUCAACAGGUGCUCAGAUGCUUUACAAAGAAAAAAUAAAUAAAUACAGAAAAUUUUGAGAAAUAAAACCAACAACGUAAAAUGUUAAAAAAGACACAAUAUGAAAAGACAAUAAAAGAACAGUUCACAGGUUAAAAGCCAAUUUAAAAAGGUGUGUUUUUAGGAGUGAUUUGAAAGAAUGGGGGUCUGUACAGUCUCAGAUGGGAGAUGGGUUUCGGGAGUGAGUUCAAGAGGGUGGGGGUGGCAGCGGAGAAGGCUCUGUGUCCCCCCCCCCCCCAAGUUCUGUGCUUGAUCCGAGGGGGUAGGGCAGGGAGAUUUCCCUCUGAGAAUCGGAAGGGUGUAGUGGUGGAGCAGGUUUGUGAGGUAGGUGGGGGCCAGGUUGUUAAGUGAUUUAUGGGUGAGUAAGAGGAUUUUGAAUUGUAUGCGAUGUGAGAUGGGGAGCCAGUGCAUUUUUUGGAGGACAGGGGUGAUGUGUUCUCAGGAGUUGGUUUCAGGUGAGCAGGCGGGCAGCAGAAUUCUGAAUGUAUUGGAGUUUAUUGAGGACUUUGGAUGACGAGCCGUAUAGAAUGCUGUUGCGGUAAUCUAGUCUGGAUGUUAUGAAAGCAAGGAUCAGGGUUUCAGCAAAGAGAGGAGACAUACAGAAGGCCACAAAUUGGGUUCACUAUCACUUAUCUGAACCUGAUUUCUAAACUGAAAAGUGCACUAAGCACAGCCUGUGGAGUAAUUUUGAACAUCACCUUUUUCUAAACCGAUAAACUGCAGUGAAAAUCAUCUGAGGGCUCAAAGAUGUCUCACACUUCUCCUUUGAAAAGAAAGUACAGUUCUGCAGAUGAGAUCUUACACAGUAGUCAAAUGUCCCAUGGGCAAUACCAUCUGUCUCAUGCAUGAUGCUGCUUAAUCACAGAGGAAAUCACUGAAAAAAGUGACAUCUUUUAGCCUCUGCAUCUAAACCUACUAAAGAGAGGUGUUUGUGUGGUGUUGUCUGGUAGUAAAGGAGCGGCAGGUGGUGAUGGGUGGAGUGGGCCUCCCAGCCCUGAUUGCUCAGCACUUGUUUUUUCUAAGCCGCAUAUACUGUAAUAGGAGAGUAGAAAUCUCAGUUACCAUGGCAAUAUGGGCUUCCCUGCUCUUCCCUUCCCAUCAGUUAGUGAGCUUCCUCUAGUCUCUGCUAUGUGCAAUAAACCAAAGCUAAAUUAUGUUCCAACUGAUGAGCAGCAAACAGCAGUCAGUUCAGGAACUGAGGCUAAUUAUUCUGCAGUUCUCUUAACAAGAGCUGGACUGUUUUUAACUUUAACUCAUGUUAAAUUAAUAAACCCGACUUAGUGUUACAUGGGGGUCAUAAAGCAGGUUGUCAGAAUUAAGCAGUCCCUGUUGGAAAAACAAAGAGUCUCGAGGAAUAUGAAAGGUAACAUAGACACAUGUACAAGAGCAUCUUUUUGGCGAUUCAAGUCUUCACAGAGCGAGGGAAAAUAACUGUGCAUAUGUUAUAUAUUUGGAUACACCUAUUUGGUAAAAAGGUUAUUUUCAUGUGUUAGAGUAUUGUGAGUUUUUGUUGUGCAGAUUGAUUGGUUGUUUGAUACCAUUACAGCUGUGAUUAAAGGUGAGUGACAACAAAAACAUACUUAACUCUCCCUUCCUACUCCUUGAGUUACUGUGGGUGACAAAUAAUUUCAGUGAGAAAGAAAAAGUUUGUGCUGAUGAGCUGAUUUUGGAUCCCACUGGAGGGGAUGAUGUUGAUCUCAACUGUCACAGUCUUCUCAUUUUAGCAGAUGGAGGAUUACUGAAGGAAUGCUUUGUUGGGGCACAUUGGCUUUAUAGCUCCAGUAUCUAUUUGGAUCGUCAUAUGAUAUGAACCUAAUUAUCGUGACUUUUGUGUGGAAAGAUAACUGUACUGAUCCAGAAGUCUAAGCAGACAUAUACAGCCUGUAUCUGUAAUUUGCCUGUUUUAAGGUCACAUGCCGGCAAAAAUCUGUGUAACAGUGCAUACUCCCCAAAAAAGUGUUUCCACAGUGACUCAUACAAAAAAGAAAAUAGCUCACAGGUUGAGGCUCACACACAUUUGAAACUCACCCACAGAUACAGAAGGCUUCAAUAACAGAAGAGAAGAAGGGCAGGCAGAGAUGGCUGAGCACCGAAAACCCAGAGAAACGUGAGGUGAGACAUCGGUUUAGUCAGGGCUGCUUCAGAAAAAGAGGGAGAAGAGCGAGGGAUUAUAGCACUGAAUAUGACUGAUAACUCCUGCACACAUCACAUGAUUAUUGUUAUUUAAAAGAGGUUAACAGUGAAACAAACAUGGCUUAAAUAUAAGUAUUUUCCAUGAGGUUUCUUUACAGCAACGUGCAUUUGAAAAGAGGGAAAUCUUUUGAUGCACUGAUCAUCCAAAUGAUGUCUCUGUAUUAGUAUUUUUCUCUACUGCUGUUAAACUGAGUUUCAGCGAGAACAAAUGUCUCAGCUCUGAACAGAUACACACAAAUGGUAAACUGAAGAUGCUUCCCUUGAUGACAUUAUAAUGGCUCCAGCCUUCAGCAGAGGCUCAGGAAGCACAUAACCUGAGGCUUUGAUUUAUUUCUUCAUUCACUCUAUUACCGAGCCGCUGAAACAUAGUCUGUUGUGUAUUUUCUGCAAAUAUACCAGAGAGAGAGCGCCAAUGUUUAUUUUACUUGCAGCUAAAUAAAUCAAACUCAAAUGGAUGCUGUGGCGAUACAAUGAUGAGAUUAAAGUACGCAGAAUUCAGUGAUAAAGCUCAGGGAAAAUAACAGAAAGGCUGUGCUCCUAUUGUACAUUACACUGUGCAAGAGACUCACAAAGGAAGUAAUCUUGUUAAACUGUGAUGCAGGAAAUGAGAAAAUAACAUCACAGAGGAACCAAGCGUGUGUAAGUGUGAGCAAGAGUGUGUCUGUGUCUGUGUGUAUAUGUGUGUAAGAAGAAAAAAAGAGGAGUGCGUGUGCCAUCACGUGUCUGCGGCUGGGGAACUGACUUGCAUUGUUCCAUUUAGUCCACAAGAUGGCGCAGGAAUACAAAGAUCGUCACUUUAAGUGGCCUGCUGUGGAAAAUUAAGAGAGACCUUCAAGAGUCAUAUAUGUCAGGAAGCAAAUUUUUUGGUAAAUUGCUACGGUUCUCUAGUUUAUUUAAUAAUAAACCAACUUUAUCAUAAAGAUGUCAAAAACUGAAUUUCACUUUUUGUUGUGGACAUGUCAUUUUAAGACUUAAAUGCAGUAGAUUAGGCAGUUAAAUACAAGUUAGAGUAGAGCAUCAAUGGCAUCUUCUUCAAAGUGGUUCAAAUAGACAAAGCGCAAUGUUGUUAAAAAACCUGAAGAAAAGGGCAACUAAUAUUUAUGCAUCAAAAUGUUAAGUUCUUGUUAAUGGUUAUAAAUUUAAAAGGUUACACAACAGAGAGAUAUCAAUCUCCUUCAAGUCUUACAAAACUCAAAAGAACAGAUUCGCUCUAUAAUCCAUAUAUGACCAAGCACCGACGACUGACGGUAUCCCAUAGUGCAGCUCAGUUUUGUGGUAUUUUGACCAAGAAGACUGAGAUAAAGCUGUAUGUCAGUGUAAUAUAAAGAAUUAUAUAACAAGCCCCAAAGCAUAUAAAUGAUCAUGUGCAGGAAGGACCAAAGGCUGGUACUAUCUCUGCUGAAAUCAGCAACGCUCAGCGGAUUAAUUUGACAGAGUUCACCAGCAGAAUUUGUGAUGUUUCAUCAAGUUAGAUCAUUUUUGCUCACAUUUCCCUUUUCUGAGUUUUCCCUUACCUCAGACUACUGCAGUAGUCAGAACUGAAAUUUCUAUUUUAAUGGCUUGUUAAGAUCUCUGUAACUUUCAGACUGCAGUCUCUUUAUUCAUGAUUGUGAAAAACUCUGUAUUUCCUUUUUUCCACUCGUGAAAAAGAAAAUCAAAGCAGAGAUAUCCAAAUAUACAUAUUUCACUAGCAGCAACAUUUCUUUUAAGUCUGCAAAUCUAAGCCGACUACAUCAACCACAGAAACCAACAUCCCACCAAUGAAAUCCCCUCAUAGUGUAGGCUCAUUGUGUUGACAUUCAGUCAUCAAAUAUUACCUCAAAGCCCCCAACUUCCCUUGCUGUGGUUAAAGUGUUGACUGAGUAUUUGUGUGAGAAUGUGUGGAUCAGCUUCUGUUGUCAAUGUGAACUUGGAAAUAAUAACUUAGUCCAUGUGAAGGAAUAUUCAUUUAAAAUUUUACAAAACAAUUCUUUAUACCAAAAAAUGUAAGCCCCUGUAAGCAGUGUGACAUACAAGAGACAACAGUGUACUUGAUGAAAAAAUGGCCUAGUGUCUGAGUCUGUAAGGAGGGGUGAAGAGACGAAUAUGACACACACAGUAAGUUGCAUUAAAAACAUGAGGAUUUUUGUUAUACAAGAAAAAAAAAACCAACAUUCGGGGAGAGUGGGGUAAGUUGAGCCAAAGGGUAAGUUGAGCCAUCCCCUGUUGCUUGGAAAUGGUAAAAGAAAUUGAUCAUGUGACCAAAUAUUUAGAAGAUGGGCAUCAAUUCAUGGAGUCUGUGAAGGUUAGAAACACAUGGGUGAAGGGGUUAGACAUUUAUUUACAAACAUUUUUCACUCUUGAGAGAGAAUUAAGUCUGUCGUAAAUUUUAUUAGAAUUGUGUUCAGACCAAAAUGGAUCAUUUUAAAUUUGUUUUAUACAUCAAUUGUGGUAUCUAUGGGCUACAACAUGAGGUCAAAAACCUAGAAUAAAAGUCCACCAUUUUAGCUUAGAGGACUGAUAAAGUCAUCAUAGUAGUUCUGGGGUAAGUUGAGCCAGUGGUUCAACUGAGAAAGUAAAGAAGUCUGAUGAGAGGAUCAGAGUUUCAGUUCAGAUUGUUGAAAUGUGUUACUUUUUCUUUUCAGAAAUACAGCUGUGAAUGUUCUGAAUCACUUAAAGUCAUUCUCAUGUUAAAAUGACUUUUUACAAAACAGCUUUUUAGCAGUUAUAUGCAAUAAUAAUAAAAAGAAUUAUCGUACCAGUUGAAUAUCGUAUAAUUGAUAAAAAUACACAUGAAUGUGAAGAAGUGACUGUUAUUUAGGAAGAGAGAAGGUGAGGGAGGGCUGGGGUGGAGAGUGGGGGGUAGUAGAGAUAUGGCUCAACUUACCCCAUUCCUAUGUUCAACUUACCCCAUACACAGGGUAAGUUGAUCAUAGGAGACCACUUUUUUUUUGCAUUAUAUAUUAUCAAGACAGUCAUGUUUACACUCAUUCUGUUGGUUUGCAGGGAUGCACAACAUCCUGAAAUAUAUGCAGAUACACAAGUUAGAGACAAAACUAUGAUCGUCUUGAUGUAGUGAUCCGAAAUAUGAAAAAUGGCUCAUCUUACCCCACUCUCCCCUAUUUAAGUGGAAAUGCUCAUUAAGCAUUUCCACUUAUUGUUAUGCCUGUCGGCCAUCUUGUUUUUGUAAAAUUCAAGUUUCUUUUAAAGUUUCUCAAAUGCUUCAGCUCACCCAAAGGAUAUAACCAUAUUUAGCCAUGGCUCAAGGUUUUUAAAGAAGCUUUAGUGCAGAAAUAGGAUUUAUUUACGAUUUCAGAUACAUAAUAAAACAGAAGAAAAUAAAAAUAACUUCAGACGGAGAGAAAAGCUCCACAAAGCGCCUCCAGUUGCUAGCUUAUAUUAGCAGCCAGGCUAGCUCAGCUUUGCAGAACUCACCCAGACUCUUAACUUUUGCUGCUCAGGUCCAAUGGUUAUCUCUUCCUCCUCCUAGAUGUGUUAUAUGAUGGUAUGACUUGCGAUUUUUAUCAAAGUUAAAACUAAUUUGACAUCAGCUUUACCUCUCACAGGCGAAACAGUUUUCAACUUUUGGCACGAAGCAUUCGGUCUCCUUUAGGUACAGGGCGGGACUUCACCUUUUUACUUGAGUGACAGGUUACUAAGCCAAUAGGCACUAACAUUGAAACAAACCAAACGACUGAGGCGGUUUCAGGGGUAGGCCUAAAAGAAAAGUUUUAAACAUCUCUAAACUCAACUAAUGCGAACAUUUUCUGAGAAUACGGCACCAUUACCAGCCUCUUUCCAAUGACAUGAACCACUUGAGAAAACAGACAUCAGAAAAUAGUUACAGAAGUUCAAUCAGGUUUCAUUGUGCUGUUUGCAUGAUACUGGUGUUUGUCACCGAUUCUCAGAAACAGGUAGGACAGAACCUCUUCAAAUUGAAGUGAAACUAUUUCAUGUCUAAAUGUAGGAGGGAAAAUAUGGGGAUUUUUUUCUGUAAUUAAGGUGAAACAAAUACUAAGAUGGGUUGACUGUGUGAGUACAGAGUUUCCGAGUGGUAAAAGAAAGAAAACUCUGUCAAAAACAUUGUAUUUCAGGCCAACCGUAGAAAAAAAAAGAAAGAAAAAAGUCAGGGACAGAAAAUAAUUGAGUUCAUUUGACCACGCUUCCCAUAAAACCUAAUGGAAACUAUUAGUUCUUUCUGUGUUUACACUCAAUCUGACCUGAGUUCCUCCCAGCAUGCACCACAUGUCCAUGAGCCUCUUUGAAGUCUUCCGUUACAGGAGGUGCUUCAGAUGCUGUAGGUAGAUAAUUCUUUUUUUUUUCUACAGGUUUGCACGAGUUCCUGCCUACAGUUUCCUCCUACCAGGCACACAAAUUGCUGCUUCAGUAGAAACACCAAACCAGAGGAAUAACUACGCAGAGACACCUCAUAGAAUCAGACUCGAGGGCUAUCUCUUAUGGCCUGCAGUCGACAUAAUCCUUCUACUAUGGUUGACAACAUCAUUAAAAAGUCUCUUGGAGUACUUUUGAUCAUCGUAGCUCACAUGGUCUUCAUCGGUAAGCCAUCUUCUUGUGAUGAUUCACUCUUCACAUGCUCACAUCUAAGGCUUUUUAGGUGUUUUCAUCUGUUAGAGGUUGAUAACACUAUUACUUACCCACAUUGAACAAUGGUGCCGUGCUUCUUUUUCUAUCAUGAACUGAGUGCUUGAGGUAAUGUGCUGUCAAUCUGGCUUUGUUGGUGUUUGUUUUGCCACCUCAGAUGCAAAAUGUGAUCACUAUUCACCUAGAAAUUACGCAGUAGCCUCAUAUUUUGGUUUCAGUUUACUUUUGAACAGUAUUUGGUGCUCAUUUUUGGGUCAACAGGAGCAGAGACUUUGGAUAAGGCAUUAAAUUUCAUCAAAAUUUUCUCAACUUGGUUUAGAAGUUUUAAAUACAGUGCGACAAAAACACCACGAGUUGAAAUGUUGACUGUAUCAGGCUGUGCUUUCUGAGAUAUAAAAAACAAUACAUCCAGUGAACUAAUACACAGUGUAUUAGAAGAGUUUUAACAAACAGCUUAAGCUAAACUUACAGAAAAGAAUCCUGAGCUACUUUUAGCCUGAUUAAAAAUAUAACAGCCUAAUAACAUUCAUGCUACAUCCCCAUGUAGUGGAAAAAACUUUCUCCUGUAUUUGAAGAUGUUUGCUUCAGAAAAUAAAUUCUGCUUUUUUACAAUCGCCUCCUCUAAUUCAUCUCUUUUUUGGUCUCACUUAGUUUGCAGCACAGUGCAGGUCACUGGGAUCCUGGGAGCCAACAUCAUGCUUCAGUUCACUUUUAAAGUCAGCGUCACAAAUGACAGUCAUUUUGCAGUCUAUGUUGGUGAAGGCCCAAAAAACGAGGAAAAGAUUGCUGAGUACUUUAAGGGACGUCCUAAUGGAAUAACUUGCUUUCCUUUCCCUAAAAGUUACUCUGCAUUUUGCCAUUUUACAAAUCUGACACUAAAUCACAGUGGAUAUUAUUGGGCCAGUUUGUUCUCCCCUUCAGAGGGAGUCCCCACAGAAAGUGAGAAGGUGCACCUAAAAGUACGAGAGGAGAACAAAAGCAUCACAGGUAGGUGAAAUGUAAACAAUGAGCAAAAAGAUAAUUGACUAAGAGACUAUUUUUAAUUUAUUGUUAACAGAAAUUUGUGUGAAUUUCCAGGUCGGAUUUUGAACAUGUAAAGCAUGGCAUGAGUACUGGAACAGCCCAUUGUUUGGAUUUUUAUUUACUUUAAUUUCUAGCCACCUGAUAGGAUCAGCAAAGAAGUGGAAAUAAAAGUUGCUCACUGUUACUUUGUAAAGUCUCAACAAAAGGCUCUGCAGCAUUUUCAAAAGAAAAAAAGAGUCUGCAGGGAUGCUAUUCAUGCUCAACAAGCUUAAUUGUCAACAUUAACAGGGCUGUGCUCAAAAUUACAAUUUUAACAUUCAGAUAUUAUGCAGGUGUUCUGUUUGCCAUUUUCACACGUCCAGUUUUUGUGUUUUAGCAUUCUGCCAUUUGCUGUUUGUCACUUAUAGCCCAAUAUUACAACUAAAGCUUAUGUCAAUAUUUACAAAUUUGUGAUUGUUCACCUACAUUUAAGACAUGUAAUACUUGGACUGGAUAUUGGCUGUAGAUUAAAGUCAAGAGGUCAACAGAGUUUAAAACUUUACCAGACAAAGACAUUAUAUUUGAACCAACUUCUACACUGUUGAAUUUAAUCACAGGAGAGAAAUGUCAGUUUUAAAACUUUAGUUUUAUUGGUUUGUUCUAGAUCAGAAAAUUAGAGAAUGACCACAAUUGACAGAUGUUAUCCUAUGGGCAUGAUGAAAAUUUUUGCCCAAUUUUGUGAAAACAUAUCUUACGUUGUGAGAAUAGAUUUUUUACUCUACAUUCUUGUCACUAUUUAAAAAGAUUUAUAUCAUAGAAACACAUUUUAAUAAUUAUUAUAAUAUUUUUUACAAACAUUUUGAAGAGAUGACCAUGCCACUGUGACUGAGAUGAAAGACGUUUGCAUCCAACAGUUUUCAUUUGUUUGAGGUCAAGUGUCAAGCUGAAGUGGUCAGUAAAAGAGUAAGGUGUCUGGAUUUGAUCCUUUAUUGUGUAUCCAAUCAAUGAUUAAACUACUUCGGUACAAGUGCAGAGGAGGAAGAUAAGUAUCUAAAAUGCAUUCUCCUUUUUUUUUAGGUGCUCUUUAUUUGAUCUUUGUUUUUACAUUUAUCACCAUGACAACGUCUGUGGGAUUUUUUUUAAUUUUUGUAGUUUUGUAAGGAAAAAAAACGGCAGAAACAUGAGUUAUAAUUUCCUGUUGAACUCCCACAGUCACUACAGAACAGCCAGACAUCCCGGUGCAAGACAGUGGAAGUUACUCUCAGAUCAUCUCGGCUGUCUUACUGGUUUCACCAGGACUGAUAGUGGCUGCAGCACUUAUCUGGCUGAUCUGGUGUCUUGUGAAAAACAAAGGUAGGGGAUCUUAUGAUUUGUUCAUAUUUUCCUCAGUCUUCACAGAGGUGUCAGUUCAAUUUUUAAGGUCAAUGCUGUCAUGAUAUGUUCUGUUUGAGUUAGUCUUUCCCUGGAGUGUAUUUUCUUUGUAUUUCCCCUACUGUUCCCAUUCCCCUGUAGUCCUGUCCUGUGAGUUUUCAGUUUGUGUCUGACCCCGGUUCCCUCAUGUUCUCAGUGUUUUAUUGCUUAUAUCAGUUUUCAGUGUUUCCUGUUUUAUUUUGAAGUAGUUUAUUCCCUGUGUUUCUAGUCUUGUUUUACUUCCUCAAGGAAACAGGGGAAGACAGGGGCUGUGUCCGAAAUGGAUCCCUAACCUCUACAUGGGCGACUAUAUGGGGGUCAGCGCCAUUUUGAGGGGUGUCCAAAACCUGAGUGAUCAAUUCCAAUGCCCCAUAUAGGCGACUUAAAAUUUCCCAUAGAGCAUUGCUCACCGGUGUUGGGCAUCCUGUCUUGCAUUUUUUAUCUUCACUUCACUCGUAAGUGAUCUGUACAGUUUUCCAAAAACAGUUGUUUGCUGCGUCACAUAGUCUCGUGCACAAUAUGACGCAGCAAACAAUAUUCGGCAUGAAAUUAUAAGGCCUUUUAAAUUUACUACUUUAUUGCUUUUUUUAAUUAUUAUUUUUAAUUUCACGGGCAUCCUGGAAAAACAAAUAUAUCUAUACAACAUAAUAAAAUUCAAGAGAUGUUAAAAAAACAACAGCCGCAACUUCAGACGCAGCAGUCUGAACAGUGACGUCACAAUGAUGCGCCAUGUAGUGUCCGAAACCUCAGGUGAUUGAGUUUAAUACAUAGUCAGCUACAUAGUGAAACCCCAUAUAAGGGUUAGAGGUUAAGGACUGAGUGAUUCAUUUCAGACACAGCCAGGGACUAUAUAUACACAGGGAAACGAGCAACGAGAGGCAGGUGAGACACUGAGGCCACUUUUAGACGGAAACAGUCUCCAUAGAAAACGGAAAAAAUUAGUUUUGUUUAGGGGGGUCCGUUUAGACGGCAACUGCGUUUUCAGGAGAUGAAAAUGUAUCAAAGUGAAAACCCCCUCCAGAGUGGAAAUGUUGUAAAUGCUCUGCUAGUCCUGCUUUCGUCUAAAGUACAAAAACGCUGAAAACGGUCAAACCUGUGACGCCAUGGCUAACGUCCGCUCACGUUUAUGACAUCAUAGCCAUGUGCAGUUUCCUUGAAAAUAACAACAACCAUGCUAGACAUUCGAGUCACACUGUCGUUAUUAUUGAACGGGCAGGAGCUCAAUUUUGACCUGUACAGAAUUCUCACGGAUCAUACUGCUCAGCAGAGGAGACGUCUGAAUUAUUUGCAUCAAAUAAUUGAUGUAGAACGGAAGUUGUUCUACGUAUGCGUUGUUGGUCUAUAAGGGAGCGUGGUCACACCGACACGUGCCACCUAGCGACCUGGCAUGCACAUUACAGCGUUUUGCGUUUUUGUGUAAACACAACAUAAAAACUGAAAACGAAACGGCACUUUUCCGUUUUCUAUGGAGACCGUUUCCGUCUAAAAGUGGCCUGAGACACAGGUGAGGACAAUUACUAAGGAGGGAAAACAUAGGAAGAAAAACAAGACUAGAAACACAGGGAAUAAACUACUUCAAAAUAAAACAGGAAACACUGAAAACUGGUAUAAAGAAUAAAACACUGAGAACAUGAGGGAACCGGGGUCAGACACAAACUAAAAACUCACAAGACAGGACUACAGGGGAACAGGAACAAUAGAGAAAAUAACAAGAAAAAUACACUCCAGGGAAAAAUUAACUCAAACAGAACAUAUCAUGACAAGCACUUGAUGUAUGUAUGUACCUGAAACUUCUGUCUAAUAUAGAGUGCAAGUUGUUGCAGGCCAAUGUGAAGAUGCGUGUUUCGAGCCAUAUUUAGUGACACCGUCAACAUGUUGACAAAAGUUGAAGGUGACAAAAGUUGCUAUUCUGCGGAAAAAAAACGGCAGUUGUGUGGUUAGAUGCUUAAAUUGCAAACCAGAUUGCACUUUCACAUCCUUUGGUACAUCAGAUGACUCACAGGUUUUCAAAAUAAGUCCUCCUUCACUGUAUGUAAAUAUGUCAAUUAUCAAAGUGGAAUGAGUGGAAAAUAACCACUUGCAUUAAUUGUUCUCGAUAAGCGGUGAGCCUCCACAUCAAACCCCUGUGGCCCACAUAGAGCAGAAAAAAUGUCUAAUUUGACACUGGAGAAUUCUGUCAGCCCCUGUGACCUCAGACACGACACAUGAGAUUUCCCCGUAGGUCUACACAAAUGUGGGGUUUGGCUGACAAUGCAGUCCUACGGUGUCAUACUAACCUGGUUUAGUUCUUCAAACAAAAACUCCCCUUCAGCAAAAAUAGUGUGAAAGAAACUACAUCAUAUAGCAGCAGUGGAUUGUACAUUAAUUUAACAAACAAAAAUCAUAAGGAUUUAAUGUAAAGUAUCUAAACUGAACUAGUCUUGUUUGUUUAAUACUGAAGUGGAAGCAGAAGAAAAUGAGUUCCCAGUGUCAGAGAAAUCAAGACAUUUGACCUUGACAUUGAGAAAUCUGCUCACCUGUACACUAAAGCGAUGAAGUAUAACUGCAGAAAAACAAAUCUGAUGACGUGAUCACAUAAAGAAACCUUUGCUAAAACAGAAAAACUAGUGAGCUAAAGCAGACCUGAGCACUGAACACUUUUCCCAACACUAGCCACAACUAAGUAGCGUCUCACUGAAGACAUGGCGCUAGUCGUUGUAGUAAUGCUGAAGUUUACGGCCCAACAGUGUCGUCAAGAGUGGUGACCUUUUUGUACAUUUUAGCCAAGUUACACAACAUCAACAACAUUUACCCCGGAGCAGACUAGAAAUAUCAGCUCAGAUACAAAGUCAAAGAAGAACCAACCAAUUCUGAAUCAUGUGCACGAGUUACACAGAGUGCUACUAUGGAGUGUUUUUUUUUUUUUUUUGUCUCUUUUUAUAUCUAACUGGCUUUAAUUUAUCUCUUGGGGGAAUUGAAUGUGAUAGAAUAUGUUUUAUGUUAACAUUUAUUAUAAUACUUCACCAAACCAACUGUUAAAGAGAGACAUCUGGAUGAAAAAAAAUGUUAGACAGUUCAUGGAGGUACCUUAGUCGGAAGGUUUAAACAUUAUUUAGAGUUAUAAUAAACAUCUGAUACAGUAUCAGCUAAAGUUCGUGCAGAGAAACAAAUUCAAGGAUUGAGUUGUAACAAAACUGUUUCCAUCAAUCAAGAAGAAGAUGGGAAUCCCAUGAUCAUUUCAGUGUUUACCCAUUUUUUCAACAAAUCUAUGUGGUGAUUAUUGAGGCUGUAGGCAGGAACAUCUUGUUUCUACGAAGAAAACAACUGAUUUUGAGUAUAUAAAUGUAUUUUUUUAAUCAAGACUAUAUAUUUUUGGGUUCUUAUUCUCUAGCCAAUAAAGUCACAUGACUUAAAUUGGAUUAAACUGUAAUUCCUCAGGUUCCUAACAUAGGGAAUUUUUUUUUUCUAUUUUAACACAACUACACUAAUACAGCUAGCUAAACACUGACUGACAUUACAUUUCAUUGAUUUAAACACUUUUCAGAAUGGUUGCAGAGUAAAAGAAAGGCUGACAGAAGCGUGCCUGCCAUUGUUUGAAAGAAUCACAUGUUAAAUUAGUCUUUAACACGUAACAUGCCAUUUAACAAUUUUACUAAUGUCACAUGACUUGAACCACAUUACUGGUUUAUAUCAUUAUCAAACAUUUGUUCUUUAUUCAGCUAUGUAUUUUUUUAUAUAUAUAGAAUGUCAAGAAAGUUUGUUCAUGCAGAUUAAUUUAUGACACAGAUUAACACACACUUCCAAGUCAAAGAGAGAGUAGACUUGGUUAAUAGUCACUCACAGAGAGAGCAGCCUCAGUCUGAAUUGUUCAUUUACUUUAAUUAAAACAAUGUGAUCUCUGUUAUCGCAUCUUUUGGCUUUAUUUGUUACCACUCGUUCUAGCAUGUGUUACAACCAGUGGCGGUUCUAGACCAAAUUACUCCCCGGGCGAGCACCUCUCCAAGUGCCCCCCCCCCCCCCCACACACACACACACACACACACACACACAAAAAGAGAUAGAAUUUUGAACAGAUAGUAUUGUAUUACUAUGUAUUAUUAUUAUUAUUAUAACAACAAAAAUAAUAUAUUUUUCAAUUGCAGAAAUCCUUCAAUAGAAAAAAACACAAUCCUGAGGGCCAUUUUCAGAAGGGCCCCCAGAUCCUGAGGUUUUCUGAAAUGUUAAGGUUUACAAAAAAGCUGCUAUCUCGGCCUCUGCAGUAGAUAGAAACAAAAUUCAAAAAGUAUUUGAGAGCUUAAACAUGUGGCUUUAAAGAAAGCUAUCUUUUAGUUUUGCGAACCUUCAUCACAUUUUGAAAACCUUGAACAAACAAACUCAAAUGAAAUAAAGCGGCUGUAUAAAUAAAAGUAAAGACUCUGCACUGGAGAAUGACAAAUAAUUUGCUUUCUGUAAAACAAGUGGCAGUCAUGAUAAAGUGUCCAUUCAAUACAAAUGUAAAUAUAGAAAAUAAGGUGUUGAAAGGGUAUACAGCUGUCCCAGUAUAGUGCCAGUACAAAAGCAGAACUAAAAACUAAAAAAUGAAUAAAUAAAUACGUGGCUGACAGUGUGUUCAUCUCUGUUCUCACCCAAAGUCAUGCAACACUCAGAGAAAACGCUGAUAGUGUGAGCCAAAGCGCUCCCUAUGAAGAAGUUGUUCACACUGCUGGAUGUUUCUCCUCUGAAGCUGCUCUCUGUCUCCGUCAUUGUUUACUUUACUCAUGAAGCUCAUCAAGCACGUAGCAAGAUCCGAGCAUGAACCCGAGCGCUUUAUUCGCCUAUCAAAGGCAGACGGGUACGGUGAUUUCAUUCACCGCGACUCCAGAAAUGAUUAAAAAACUACAAAAUGACGUAUCCGCGCUCCCGCUGAUAUGCUGACAUGCGUACACAGAGCAGAGCUGUCCCUCCGCGACUCUCUCCCCGCCUCGUCUCCUACAGUCUGUCAGCCUCUGUGCAGCACCUUCGGAGCAAGCAGGGGCGCCUACAGCAGUGGGGGGGGGCGCCAAUUUGACUACAAGAGUUAAUACAAAACCGCUUUGCGGUUAAGAUUUAUUAUUAUUAUCUUUUAUUUUAUUUUUUUUUGGAAGUGCUCGUGCCGCCCCCCAUGAGUCAUGACACAAAUGCCGCCCCGGGCGGCUGCCCUGUUCGCCCGUGCCUAGAACCGCUACUGGUUACAACCGACCCUGUUUUUGACAUCAGUUCACAAACCCUGUAAUAAUAAAGUAUUGAGCUGGUUUCUUCUAUAGUAAUCAAAUGUAGGAAUUAAUAAAUGAAAAAUUAUGAAAACGCUGGUUGAAAAGUUCAGUGAGUUACACCUGCUGAAGCAAAAAGUGUCACAACCAUCCCUGGUCUCCCCUACUUUGUAAUGCAUCAUUAUUCUUUAUAAUCAAUUAUCAACUGCAUUAAAUCGACACAGACAAGACUAGUUUUUUUUAAUUUAAAGUUUUGUAUAUAGUGCAAAGUUCACAAGUUUGUCACAGCUGACAGAGUAGCUAAUCUCUUUACAGGUUCAUCUUCAUGCCACCUGCAUAUUAACGUAGAAAGUACUGGUAGAGGCAGAAAAUUUGUUCACCUCUGAGGAUGACUUGUUGCAUCUUACUUAAAAAAAGAUAUGAAUGAGUGACAAACGCAUUACAACCCCUUAUUUCUCUUCCGAUACAGACAAACAAGAACAAUCACCUCAUCAAAACUCCAAUCCUACAAUACAAGUAAGAACGGGUUUAUCUUUUCCUCAUAAAACUUGAUGAUAAUAAGCUGAAAAUGUUCACCUUCACUGAAUUGUCUUUGCAGGAAACAGUUGAACCGCCCAGCCAAGUCCCUCCAUCCUCGCUGGUCUACAGUGUCCUGGACUUUCCUAAGAGAGCGUCCGCAGCUGUGGAGAUGAAUUCGAAUGAUACAGAAUACGCUGCUGUCAGUUAUUGUACAGAAAAGAGGGGGUUUUAAAAUACACCUGAUGUAAUCCAGCUGGUCUCACUUUGUUCGGCAGCUCUUUAAUAUAAAUUAGAUAUAAAACCAUUAACUAUUUUGUGGUGUAUGCUGGGAUGCAAGAGUGAUAGACACCUUAAAAACAGUGAUACUUCUUCUUCCCAUUUACAUUGCGUGACCCAGACGCACAAGAGUUUUAAGAAAGACUCACUGACCUACAUUGUACUGAUACUGUAAAUCACUUUUUUAUACGUAUGGUUUUGAGCUUGAUGUAGAGGGAGGUGUUGUAGCAUACACCAAACCAACAAACAUGAUGUUACAGGGGCAACUUUAGAUUUGUGAUCAUUUUAUUUUAUCUUUUUUUCUUUUUAAAGUCAAGUCCAGUUUGACCUGUGUUUGACACACAUCACACAAAGACAGAAGUGUACCUCCAUUAUCAGGGACGGCUCUUGGCAUAGGCGGUCUAAUACAGAUGGUCACCGAGAGUGCUACAUGCUGGAGGGGAACCUAGUCAGCUUGUCAUCUCAGGUCAGAAAGUGAUCAAGAUGGGAGAUAGAUGACGGGUAGCUACAUGAUUAUUUGUCAUGAUGAAAAGGUCGUCACAGCCCUCAUCAUUAUAAUGAUCCAUUAUGAUCAACAGUACUGUGGUUCUUAGUUUUUUCUUAUUAAUUCCUUAUUCUCAUUCUGUCUGCUGUAAAUACUUCUGCAUAACUACAAAAGUGUCAAAGUUUGCCUCUAAAAGUGCUCCCAAAGAAGUCCCUUUACCCCUGAGAUAUGAUUAUUGAAGACCUCAGUACCCAGUUUUGAAUUUUUGAGCUAAAGCCCCAAAUCGACACUUUUAUAAUUUGGGACUCUGCUUUUUAGAUGUUCAAAGUUCUGUUCAAGUUAGGGGGGUAUGCAAAUAUUCAGCCAUGGAAAAACACAUAUGUGGUACUGGUCUGGUCUUUUAAUGGGAUUAAAAUCUAAGACAUGGAAGAAGAUCUGCCUUUCUUUAGAGCGUAAAAUACCAAUUCAGCAGAUGUAUUUUCCUCCUUUAUCAUAAUAUAAUUCAAGCAACAGACACUGUUAGUUUUGAACAUUCUUAGAAAUGUCUACAGAGUUCAUUUGUUACUUUAACUUUUACCAAAAGAUGAAACUUUAAAUCCAUCUGGUUACAUUUGUGACUUGUGAUCACUAUUUUUAUAUUCAGUGAAGAGGCGUUGAUGUCGUUACAAGCUCUUAGUCAUUUCAUCCACACUGUCGGUGUUUUCAUCUUGAGGUUUUUGGCAGCACUUUGCCUUUUGAAACUUAGACGUCUUAAUGAAUUGAAACUAUCAAGAUAUGGCAACACUUUGUUUUUAGAGCAAACAAGAAAUGUAUGUGCACAAGUAAAAGUGUGAUUGUUCCAUCGACUGUAUGGCAACAGUUUGAUGCUGUCACAUCAGCUCCACAACAAUUAUCUCACACUAUCUGUCUGCCAUUUUCCGCUGCAUGGACUCAAAAGUUCUCUUUUUUUUGCAGGUGCUCCAUAAUGUUUAGAUUUUUAUAUUUUUCAGAAAAGUUUUGAAUUGUGUUCUCAGUUGAUUUGUUUCCCUCUUAAACAGAAUAAAAGUCAACCACAUCUGUUCACCUGUG